GUGUGGCAUGAGAGUGGAGGCCUCGCAGGAAGAUGCCAGUAUGGGACAAGAAGGACAAGCAGAUGUUGAAGAAUCCCCGGUGGUCUCACCGAGGAGGGCAGAUGAGGAGGGAACCAACACAAGAAAGAAGAAGAAAAAGAAGAGGGAGUUAGAGUCCAUUAUUGUUUACCACUCAGAGGCUGAGAACCAGGGUGAGGAUGCAGGAGAGGGAAGCUCUGCAGAUGGGGCCAGAGCCCUCAACACACCCUCAGAGGAAGAGGGCUGGAGCAUACCCCCAGACAGUCGUUUCGUAACCCUGACCGGGACCAUCACUCGGGGAAAGAGGAAAGGUCAGAUGGUGGACAUCCACGUCACGCUAACAGACAAGGAGCUGAGAGACAUGGCCAGGUCGAAGGAGCGUUUGGACGCAGAAUGCGAGGAAGGAGUGGAGGCCAGGAGAUCUUGUGCCUUGGGUCUUGGGCAGGGCCCGCACGUGCUCCUCUGGAGCCUGUCAUGUUCACCGUUCAUCUUCGUCCUAUCCUUCAUCACCUCCUUCUACUACGGCACACUCACUUGGUACAAUGUGUUCCUGGUCUAUAACGAGGAACGAACUUUUCUUCAUAAGGUCACCAUGUGCCCACUCCUUAUCCUGACAUAUCCUGUGCUGAUUAUGGUGCUAUGUGUUUGUAUGGGUCUGUAUGCUGCUGGAGCCCAACUCUCCUGGGUAUUUAGUGAGUGGUGGCAAGCAGUGAAAGAUUUGGAGAAAGGUUUCUGUGGUUGGCUGUGUGGCAAGCUUGGCCUGGAGGAUUGUGCGCCGUACAGCGUUGUGGAGCUGCUCGACUCCGACACACUCUCAGGAACACUCCAGAUGAAGAGGUCAGAUGAUGUGGAGCAGACGUCUUCUGUUUAA